CCAUGAAAACAAACCUAGCGAAGCUCAAAACCACCACUCGUAGCCAGCUUUUUACAUGCGGAUUCUUCCGCCAUUGCACUCAAACCGCCCUCAGCCCCACCAGCAGCUCCACCGCCCCUCCCUUCCCCCACCCCCGCCGCAGGCCGAAUCCUCCUCCAACACCUCCCAAAGCUUCACCCAGUGGCGCUUCCCACUCUCCAACUCCCCCAUGGCCCACCAACCCUACUCUCAACCCAAAUCCGACCCCGAAUCCGAACCCCUACCCGACCCGGAACCCGACACCCCUCCACUGACCGCCGCCGCCCUCGAGGAGCUCUUCCUGGCCGCGGAGAUCCGGUUCGGGUCGGGUGGGAGCGGUCCACCUGCUGGAGCGGUCGCUGGUGUCGAACCCGCCGCGGUGGAAGGGUGCUGCUGCCCGGCGGCGGUGGUGGCGUGCCUCCGCGAGGGGGUGGCACGGAAGGCGGCGAGCAAGGUGCUGCUGGCGCUGUGCCUGGUGGAGGGGAACCGGCUCGCGGCGGUGGCGGCGGUGGUGGAGGCGCUGGCGGACGCGGAGAGCGCCUUGGCGGAGCGGUCGAUGGCUGCGCUGGAGCUGCUGUGCACGACGGCGGAGGGGGCGGAGGAGGUUCGGGCCCACGCACUGGCCGUGCCGAUGAUGGUUCAGUUGAUGGGCGAGAUGGAAGGCGGUCGGGGUAAGGAGCACGCGAUCAGCAUGUUGGCGGUGAUCUACGGCGGGGCGGAGGAGGGAGCCGCGGCGGUAGAGGUGGCGCGUGCAGGGAGAGUGCAGCGCGGCUCAAGAUUCUGCACGACAACGGACAGCUGGAGAUGACUGACGAGGAGAGAUGAACGGCCAUGAUUUUUCUCUUUCGAUUAAUGUUUCUUACAAUUCCAAUAAUUACUGUGCCCCACGUGAAUAAUUUUUUUCUUUUUUCUCAAUUUUGAUGCCA